AUGCGAACCAUUGGCGUGAAUGAAAAGCUCGUGGAUCUUAUUCAACAACCCAUCAAUCCCGAAUUUUUGGCAUACGUUUCUCAUCAAGCUUCACUGGUUAUUCCAUGUCAUGAAACGGCCACUGACAACAAACGACGAAAAGAUCCUUUACCACCACUGGCAACAUUUAUAGCCGUGCUCGUGAAACGGUCCAAUAUUCGUACGGGUACACUGCUUGGAAGUCUGGUGUUUCUGAAUCGACUGCAACAAAGGCUAGCCAAUAUCGCCAAAGGCAUGUCAUGCACAUGUCAUCGUAUCUUUCUGGCCACACUUAUCGUCACGUCCAAAGCGAUCCACGAUACGUCACCAAAGAAUAAACAUUGGACACGCUAUGCCAUCUUUUUCUCACUGGGGGAAGUAAACCUUAUGGAAAAGCAACUUUUAUCCUUAAUUGAUUAUCAAACC